AUGGCUCUUCCUCUCACCGGUAAACUUGCCAUUGUCACUGGUGCCUCUCGAGGUAUCGGUCUGGCCAUUACAAAAGCCCUCGCUGCUCGCGGCGCAAACCUCGUCCUCGCCUACACAUCCGCCAACUCUGCCGCCUCAACAGCCGACAUUGCUUCUGAACUAGCCUCCAAGCACUCUAUCAAGGCUGUUCCUAUCCAGGCCGAUCUUGGUACUGUCGAGGGUCCUGCUUCUCUCAUUAAGCAGGCCGCCGAUGCUUUCCACCCAUUGCGCAUCGAUAUUCUCGUCAACAACGCUGGUGUUGCUCUCAACGACAAGGUUCCCGAUAUCAAGCCCGGUGACUUCACAACAAGCUACAACGUCAAUGUCUUGGGUCCUCUACUUCUAGUCCAGGCCGCAGUGCCUUACCUUCCAACAGACCGUUCGGGCAGAAUCAUCAAUCUCAGCAGUGUGAGCGCCAGCUUGGGUUUCGUGGGCCAGAGUGUUUACGGUGGCACAAAGGCCGCUCUUGAGGCCAUGACACGCACUUGGGCUCGCGAGUUGAGCGAGAGAGCUACUGUCAACGCCAUCAACCCUGGCCCCGUCCGCUCAGAGAUGUACUCGCGCAACUCGGACGAGUUCAAGCGUCUCAUCAAGCCCUUCAUUCAGAAUGCGCCUCUCAUGGUUGCUCGCGAAGGCAUCGACGAUCCCGAGGUUGUUGAAGACGCCAAGACGGCUGGUGGUCGUGCUGGUGAAGCUGAUGAGAUUGCUGGUAUUGUCGCUAUGCUUGCUAGCCCUGAGAGUGCUUGGGCUACUGGACAAGUCAUUUGUGCCAAUGGAGGAAUGAUCUUUGGUAUGCAAUAG